UCGUUAACCACUGUGUGCCUCAGUCUCCCCAUUUGUCAUGCAGUCUCACCGUGCAGGCUUGUGGUGAGGAUUCCAUGCGAUGGUACAUGGGAUGUGCUGAGCACAAGGCCAGGCUCAUGGUUUGCACUCAGUCAGCGGAAGCUGUUGCUGAUAAACACCUGAGACAACAGCCAGGAUCCCGCAGGAUGAAUAACGGCCCUGUGUUUCCUGCAGGAGUGACAGGUCAGGAGGAGCUGCAGGUGAUUCAACGUGAGAAGUCGGUGUUGGUCGCAGCUGGAGAGGCGGUCACUCUGCCCUGCGUCAUCUCCUCUGUCCGUCCCGUGGGGCCCAUCCAUUGGUUCAGGGGGGCUGGGCCAGACCGGCAGUUAGUCUACAGUUUCAAAGGGGGCCUAGACCACUUACGCCUCUUCCCCCGAGUGAUAAAUGUUUCCGACUACACAAAAAGAGACAACGUGGACUUUUCCAUCCGCAUCAGUAACAUCACCCCAGCAGACGCCGGCACCUACUUCUGUGUGAAGUUCAGGAGAGGGAGCCCUGAUGACGUGGAGUUUAAGUCUGGUCCUGGGACACAGGUGACUGUGAGUGCCAAACCCUCUCCCCUUGUGGUAUCUGGCACACCUGGGCAGACAGUGACCUUCACCUGCGAGUCCUAUGGCUUCUACCCCAAAGAUGUCACCCUGAAGUGAUUCAAAAAUGAAAAUGAGUUCCCAGCCCUCCAGACCAACGUGGUCCCACCAGGCAACAGUGUCUCCUACAGUGUCUCCAGCAGGACCCAGGUGAUGCUGACCCAAGAGGACGUCCACGGUCGGGUCAUCUGUGACGUGGCCCACAGUACCUUGCAGGGCUCUGUUCGUGGGACAGUCAACUUGUAUGAGACCAUCCCAGUUCCACCCACCUUGGAGGUUACUCAACUCCCCAUUCAAGAGAACCAGGUGAACGUCACCUGCCAGGUGAAGAAGUUCUACCCCAAGAGCCUAGAGCUGACCUGGUUGGAGAACGGAAAUGUGUCCCGAACAGAUUCAGCCUUGAUCCCCACUGAGGACAAGGAUGGGACCUAUAACCUAAAGAGCUGGAUCCUGGUGAACUUAUCUGCCCACAGGGAGGAUGUGGUGCUCACCUUCCAGGUGGUGCAUGACGGGCAGCCAGCAGUCACCAAAAACCUGACCCUGAAGUACACUCCUCCCCCAAAGGACCAGAGCACAGAGUUAACCUCUGGCAAGGCCUCCACUCCACCCCAUCUGGCUUUUUUAAAAAUUGAAUCUUAA